CGGAAACGGCGCUCCGUCUCGAUCUCUCCAUUCGAUUUGACACUGGUUUCUUCUUUGGCAGACCGCUUGCGGUGGCCGUAUUUGACAACACUGGGGUCUUGUUCUGCUCCAAUUCUUUGGGCCUGAGUUAUUGACUGCCCCUUGUCAGGUUGGCAAUCGGCACCAUGACUUCCCACGAUGGCUAUAGUGACAGCUACGACUACGAUAACGACAAUGAUAAUGACAUGGAUAACGAUGAUGAUCAGGACGAGUUUGAUUCUGGGCCGACUGGUGGAAAGCGAAAGCGAAUAACACAGGCAUGUGAUGCAUGCAAUAAGAAGAAAGUGAAGUGUGACGGCAUCAAACCAACGUGUUCCAAUUGCUUGCGAUCCAGUUCGUCUUGUUCAUACUCUCGUGGGGCAAAAAAACGUGGACCACGGGCUGGCUAUAUUGAAUCUUUAGAAAAUCGAUUGAAAGAAAUGGAAGCAUUGCUAAAGCCUUUGCACGGAAGUGACGAAAGCUUAGUGUCCGGGCUGUCGUCAAACGAAACGUUGGAUCAAGCUAAUCCGUCACGAUCAUCCAGCACGUCCAUGGCAUCUCUGGAUUUGGCUAAUUCAACAAGCUCGGCGCCGCAAUUUCACAAUGAUACCAUGUUUACCCAACACGGCGUGAUGAUCAAAGACCAAAUUCCUUUCUCAAAUUCCUUUUUCAUGUCCCCGAGUAUCGAUUAUGCAGGAACAUCUUGCCCACCAGGUCCAACAGCACAGCAACAGAGCACGGGUUACGUACCACCAGAUGCCACGAACGAUCUCCUUGAGCUGUACUUCCACUACAUAGGACCAAUUAUGCCCUUGAUACACAAGCGAACGUUUUACCAGAAUAUCGCCAAUCAAUCCCCGUUGAUGCUGAAUGCGAUGUACGCGCUUGCCGCCCGGUUUUCGACACACCCUGCGAUAAGGACAAAUCCCGACGCAUUUUAUAGUUCUGGGGAUAACUUUUACAUCAAGGCGCGAGAGAUGGUGGACCACUAUAUGGACGUGCCGAAUGCCACAACAGUGAAUGCUUUAUUGAUUUUGGCAACAUAUGCAGCAGAAUCUGGUCGAGGUUCAGCAGCGUGGAUGUAUUCUGGAAUGGCUAUCAGAAUGGCCCAAGAGUUAAAGCUAAACGUGGAGCCCGAUUUUGAGGAGGCUUUUGCUGGUGGGUCGCGGAUGGGAUGGCUGGAGAAGGAAACGAGGAGAAGAUUAUGGUGGUGCUGCUUUGUGCUUGACCGGUAUGCUGGUGCAGCUGCUGACCGCUCGAUGAUCAUAAACGAGAAAGACUGCAAGGUUUACCUUCCUUCGUCGGAAAUAUCUUGGGAGUCGCUGGAUCCAUCGGAGAUAGCGAAAAAUGUCUCUGGGCUACCUACACCAGAUUCAUAUCAAAUUGCGGUGCUCACGUCGACCAAUGCGUUUACACCAGGAAUCCCUGCUCAAAGCCCCUAUGGGUAUUUCAUCCUUCUUGUCAAGAUCUUCGGAAAGAUUGUUGAAUACUCCAAUCUCUUCAAAACGGCGCAACGCACCAAUACGACUCCUGCGCUGACACCAGACGCGGAUUAUCAGCUCUCUGUGUUGGACGCAUCGCUUCGAGAUUGGUUUGGAUCUUUACCGGAGUGGAUGCGCGUAAUAGGGGACAGCUUUGUUCCGGAACUUACGUCCACAAAUCCACCAUCCUGGCACAUUGCAUACCUGCAUAUCUUUUAUCACACGUGUGUGAUUGUUCUCCAUCGGCCAAAGAUGAUGGUGACACUCCGUGACAUACGCGCAAAGAGUGGAUCGGCGGCAGCAACUUCCAGUCCAUCCUUUGUCGUGUGCUUGUCCAGUGCCAAUGAGAUUAGCGCGGUACUGCAAAAGGUCAUGAAGACCAAUCCGGACUUUUUAUAUUUUUCGCCCUUUGUGGCAUAUUGCAUAUUUCAAAGCGGCUUGGUGCAUCUAAUGACGAUGCAACUUGGUGCGACUCCUGGGGGCGCCAGAUCGCAGGCCACCGGAGAGGAUAAGGAGAUGGAGGCGCAAGCUGAAAGUAACGUUGAGGUUCAUAUGAAGGCGUUAAAGGGGGUGGGACGAUACUGGUUCAUGGCUGGCAGGUUGUUUACGAUGCUAAAGUCACUUGUUGGAGGUGGAGCCGGAUCUGUCGCCUUGGUGGAAGGGGGUUUGUCGAUGUCGGACCGCAGAUGGGUUGCGUUGAAGGAGAGGACAUCGGACGGUAAUAAUCUGAAUGGACUCGACGGAGGCAUGGACAAGUCUUCAAGGGGUCGGGUUACCGGUAUAGACGGUGGAGGGGUGGGAAAUACACCUGAUCGAGAUACAUCGAAUGGGCCGACAGGUGUGACAGCAGGCUCGAGCGGCAAUGGGAUGGCUGGGGCAGAUCUGCAGCCUACGGCGGGCCUGCCGCGCAUAGGACCUCCCGGGGUCUCACCUGCGGUCCCUCUCGGCCAGCCUCUUGGCAUGGAAAGUGACCCCAACUUUGUGGAUUACGAGUUUUUCGCCGAAGUGGGGGGCCCCGGUGCGGCGUGGAGUGCUGCGGCAAGCAGUGCGGGGAUGCGACCUCAACAUCAAGGGAUGGCUGUUGGGAUGGGAUUGAUGAAUCCAGGUAUACCCAUGGAUGGUGGCGCUGGAAUAGCUAUGCUUGGCGGGAUGUAUCCCAGUGGACAGAAUGGUGCGGUGCCGAUGGGGAUGGGAGGGUAUGGCCAGCAGUUUGGAAUGAUGAGCAAUGGAAAUCGGCAGGGGCCGAUGCAAUCUAUGGGACACCCGUCCGAAAUGGGACGAGGGAGGGGAAUGUAUCCUGGUUCGGAUGCAAGGUGGCCAUGAGCAUUAAUAGCUCUCAUUCGUCUGAUGCAUGGCAUUGCAUUUUUAUGAUCGCAUACAGAUAUUGAUUUCUUUUUAAUUUUAAUAAAUUCAAAAAGUCUUUUGUUUUGUUGGUCUUUGGUGAAUGAACCACUUGAGCCGAUC